AGUUUAGAGAUUGGGCUGUUUACUCACUGGUACAUGUCUCUCCACACUUCUAUGAUUUAACUCUCUCAACUGAAUGUGACAGAUAUUAGACAGAGAUGACUGACAGUGUUAUUUAUUCCAUGUUAGAGUUUCCUACUGCAAGCCAAGCCCAGAAUGACUACAGACCACAGCAAGAAGCUUCUUCUUCCAGGCUCUCUCCUUCUUGCCGUGUGGCAAUAGCUUUGGGGCUACUGACUGCAAUUCUUACAAGUUUGCUGCUAUACCAAUGGAUUCGGGGCCAGGGCUCCACCGACUCCACUUGUACCAGCUGCCCUAGCUGCCCAGACCUCUGGAUGAGGUAUGGUAGCCACUGUUAUUAUUUCUCAGUGGAGAAAAAGGACUGGAUGUCUAGUCGGGAAUUCUGCUUGGCCAAAGAUGCACAUCUCCUUAUGUUUACGGACACCCAGGAAAUGAGCCUGCUCAAAGAUUUCAUCAAUAAAGACUUUCACUGGAUUGGCCUGAGGAACAGUUCUGGCUGGAGGUGGGAAGAUGGAUCAACUCUAAACUCCUCAAGGAUUGUUUCUAAUAGCUUUGUACAGAAAUGUGGUACCAUCAGCAAAGAUGGUCUCCAAGCCUCUAGCUGUGAAGUUCCUUUACUGUGGAUCUGUAAGAAGGUCAGACUUUGAUGGACAGACACUGUGUUCUGACCCUCAGACCUGUCAUGUGUCCCUAAAAAGAGGGACCUGGCCACUGGGUGUUGAGACAGCCAUGAGUAUAUACUUAGCAAAUGCUGAACUUUCUCAGAUAUGGCAUUAGAGGUAAGAUUAAUGCAGCCUCCUAGGGACUGAUGCUUUGCUAAUAGAUUAUCUCUGAGAAUAUUUGGAUAUUAUGUUAACAAUUGAAAGCCCAGAUCUAGGCAUAUUUGUGAAAUGAAGUUUGUUUUUAGUAUUUCUGUCUAAUAACUAAUGCUGCCUCCCUGAUCCCUACUCCCACCAUUCCUGUCAAAAAUAUGCCUUUUCUAUGUUACAUUCUGAGAUAAUCUGAUGAAAUCUGUGCAAAUAUAUACUAUUGUUGAUGUACUUAGAUGGGUUUCAUGUGUACUGAUGGUUAACAUGUUACUUCUGCUGAUGAUAUAUUUUUGUCCUAACAGUGACCCUUUGCAGAUCAAUCUUUAUUUUAAAGAAAUUAUG